AAAAGUGUUUUUUUUACAAUCUACGAGUAACUGGCCUGUAGGUGUGUUUUUUUUUUUUCAGUUGCAUCUCGUUGGAUGCGUAGAGCACUCAGCUGUAGUACGGGUAUGUGACGGAAAAUGUUUCGAUGGUAAAGAUUCGCGUACCAAAUUUUCAGCCGAAAUACGAGCUGUCAUCCGUUUGGAUAUCAAAACGGUCCUUCUAACACGAACAUUGACGGGAAAAGAAGUAACUUAUGAUGGGGAUAAUAACGCUCGUAAUAUCCCACGUCAAAAUUAUCGCGAUCGUUUAAUCGACGCUGGGAUUAAGGAAUUUGUGCAGACUGUUCAGAAAACGGGAGUUCAGAGCUGACGUUCCAUCAAAAUGGGAAAUUGUUUAAAACGUGUCGGAAGCAGUCAACAGGACAAUACCACUUUGUUGAGUAACAAUCCUGAUCCUAUGUUGACUAGUGGAUCAUCGCAAGAAGGCCUUGGACCUCCGAUACCCUACAAUGAAGUAGUGGGCUCUUAUUAUCCGUCAAUUGCUACCAGAGAGCGUUAUUUGCAAUCUAUGAAUUUAAGCGUCGCUCGUGGAAUCGGUGUUGGCGUUAAUUUAGGACCAAACAGUGGAUCCGGUACACUAAGCGAAGAAGAACAGCAAGUAAGAAUUGCAAAACGCAUAGGACUUAUCCAGCAUUUACCUAUGAGAGAAUACGAUGGAGCUAAGAAAGGAGAGUGCGUGAUUUGCAUGAUGGAGCUCCAAGUGGGAGAAGAAGUGCGUUAUCUACCCUGUAUGCACACCUAUCAUGCUGUCUGCAUCGACGAUUGGUUGCUACGUUCCCUGACGUGUCCAUCAUGUAUGGAACCGGUAGAUGCAGCAUUAAUUAGUUCGUAUCAUCCAACUACUUAACGCUGUAAACAUGGAAACUGGAGUAGCUAAUCGGUAAUCAAACUAUAUUAUUAUGCUACACAGAGCCUCCGGAACGAAUCAUUAAUUUUAUUAUUGCAUAUAAUGGCUUCUAACUAGCAAAGGGGCCUCCUGAUGUUAACGGCCGAUUGUAUUUGCCAUUGUAUUCAAUGUAUUCGCUCGCGGGCUGAGUAAUAAUAAUACUUGUAUCAUACAAAAUUGCAAAUGUCUUCAGUAUAGGUCGUUCCCUCUUACAGGGUAAUGUUCUCCACAUGGAUCAUUGAAAAACAAAAAAAAAAUAAAAAUAAGCUGUAUUUAUGAUCAAAAAGGAACGGUAAUAGUGCGAUUAGUUUUCUGCAAGAUCUAAAGUAGCCUUCUUUUCGUACAGUUGUGAAAGAUAUUCUAUUUUGUGCUCGAAUAAACGGAGCGAUCGAGUGAUGUAACAUCGUGUUGCUAAACAUAUUUUAAGUUGAAUAAAGUAGUAUCAACUUGACUUUGGUGGUUUGGUCAAGCGAUGACAGUCAACUGUAUGCAUUGUGAAUAUCAUGAGCAAUAUGAUGUAUCACAGAAUAUCAUACUAUGUAUAUUUUUAACUAUACGGUUGCAACCGUUUCAUAUUUCCAAGAUAUUGAAAACAAUAUUUUCAGAUUAUAUUUUAUGACUUUAUAAAAUCAAUCUUGUUGUUUUUAAAUACAUUGUCUCUUGUUUAAAAUAUGGGUAAUUCUUCUCUAUAGAAUGGGACAUGAUCCUUUAACGUAUAAUCGACAAAGUUGUAAAACAAUAACAUUGGCAUUUUCUUUUUGUCAUUUAUAUUCUGAAUUACUUUGUGUGAAAAAAAAAACAA